AUGACAGUAUCAGACUUGGUAUCUAUUGCAGUCAUUUACAGAAAUGACCAGAAGCAGCAGGUCAGGAGGCCAGUGACCAGUUCAUCUCAAAGACUGGCUGAAGGUGGUUUCUGGCACAGGUUUCCCAGAAGAGCUGUGGAUAACCCCAUCCGUGGAAGUGUUCAAUGUGAGAAAAUUUUUACAUAUUUCACAUUUGCCAACACCUCCCCCUCGCCAUUCCCUCACGCGACUUUACCGCGCGCGGGCGCAGUCGCGAGGCGCUUCCACACCCCUCCCCACCCCCCGCCGUUUCCCGACAGGCCCCGCGGCGGGAGCGCCGGGCCGCAGCGUCGCGCCGCCCGCCGCCCUCGGGUUCCUGCGGUCCCGCCGGGCGCUUCUCCCGCCAUGCGCCACAGCCUCACGCAGCUGUUGGCGGCCUCGGCCGGCGGGGCCAGCCCCUCGGGCGCCGUCUGGCCGCUGGCCGGAGCGGGGCAGGCCCCGAGAGGGCGGGAUGGCGGCGGGGAAGGGGACCCGGGCCCCGCGCGGCCCAAACCGCAGCCGCCGCCGCGGCGGGAGCCCCCGGGCGCCCCGGAACCUCGGCGACAGGAGAAGGAGGUCGAGGCACCCGGCGGCCCGCUGGAGGUGUGGGAGCAAGAGGACUGGUUCCCGGGACUGGAGCUGGGAGACCUGCUGGAGGCGGCCCGGCCGGACUGGGACCUGGACGCGGAGCUGAGCGGCUGUUUCUGUGGGGACCCGGAGCCGCUGCCCGCGCCGGGCCAGGGCCCGCGGCCGGCGGCGCCCGGGCGGAGGAGCGGCGGGGCCGGGAGUCGGCUGAAGGCGGCGGCGGCGGCGCGGUUGAACCGGCUGAAGAAGAAGCAGUACGUGCUGGGGCUGGAGAGCCGCCUGCAGGGCCUGGCUGCCGAGAAUCGGCAGCUGCGGGACCGCAACCGCGGCCUGAGCCGCCGCCUGCGAGAGCUGGAGAGGGAGAGCAGCUACCUGCGGGCUGUGUUGGCGAACCAGAGCGCCCUGGGGCAGCUCCUGAGCCGCCUGGCCGGCACCCGGGCCGGCGGGCUGCAGCUCAGCACCAGCCUCUUCAGGGACACUGGCAGCCCCCGCCGCCAGCACCAGCAUCUCCAGCCCGCCGGCGAGAGCAGCGACCACGACUACGCUCUGCCCAGCUCCCGGCCCCGCGGCCUGGAGGAGGCGGCGGCGGUGACUGAGACGGAGGAGGAGUGGGCGGCCCCCGGCGGGAUCUGCCUGCACGUGGACCGGGAUCAGGUGUCGGUGGAGUUCUGCUCCAUCUGUGCUCGGCGGGCAGCGGCCUCCUUCAAAAUUUUCUCUUUUAGGUGGUUGCCCUGCCAGGCUCCGUUGUGUAGGGGUUAAAGAACAGUCGUUUUCCACCUCGCAACCUGUGGAUUCAGCUGUGUUGGGGCAGAAGAGACGGGACCAGCUGCUGGCCACAUUUCCUGCUUUAUUUUAAAAGGUAGUAUAAGAAAUGAGAAUAAAGAGGUAACAGGGCUUUUGCUGUCUUUGGUUAAAAAAAAAAAAAAAGUUGAAUGCUGGGAUUAUUUACUGUCAUUCAAGAUGUUUUUUUCUUAAAAGGCAGUAUUCUAUCAAACAGGUUUUACUCCACUGUAUGCAGAAUUCCAUCUGUUCAGGGGAUAUUGCCAGCAUGAAAGAGACUUAGUGGGAUAUGUGUGACCUUACACUUCUGUGGUGGCAUCAACAGGGCUGUACAAAAUUUCAGUCUUUACUUGGGUAACUGCUGUAACUGAUGGGUUAUACCAGUGCACAGGAGUCAGAAUUAACCACCAGGACCUGCACUGACUGGUAUGCAAAAUGGAAAUAAUUUAGAUUCCACCUGCCUAGCUCAGACUUCAUGAACGUGCUUUAUUUUGCAGUUUAUCGUGCUUGAGGAAGAGAGAAACACUAAUGUAGCAAGCAUGGGAUGUUCCAGUGGCAUUUUUACGGUUACUUCAGUGUAGGAGUGUUUUUUAAGUUAAUUUAAAUAUGCAUUCUUUCUUGUUGCAUCACUGCUGAAUGGCAGGGUCAGGGACAGUUCUUCUGGCCUCUGCUGUGAACCUGCACAAUGCUCUGUCGUGACACAACCCGUGGCUGUGUCUGAGAGCAGCUGAUUUUCUGACAUGCAAAAUGAUGUAUUGUGGUACAAGAACAAGGUCAAGUCCCAAGAAAGUCAGUGGCUGCAGGCAUUUCUAGUGCCUACUGAAUCAUAUUUAAACCAAAUAGAAGGGAGGAAGUUAUUUGAAACUCUAACCAACUGUACUAUCUGUAUGGUGUAUUAUUAAUGUAGCUUUUUGAAUUGAAAGCCUUGAAAUGACGUAACUUAAUACUUGAAAAUAUAUUGUAAAUGUUUCUUUGUAAUCAUGUGCCAUUCAGAUAAGAAUACAAUACCAUAAUAAAAUCAGACUUGUUGAUCUUUCA